GAUGCAAACGUGCUCAGGGGUCGUUUUGUACAAGAUUUUAUCAUUUCUGAUAGAAAUUCUACAAAAACGGCAGUCCCUCGUCAAACUGUACAGAAGUAUUUACAUUAAUUACAAAGAAUUGCACUGAACAAGUGUUUGUGGCUGGAAGAGUACACAUGUGGGCUCCUGUCUCACUGGUUGUUUUCAGUCAAACGUGAAACACUCGUUAGAAAAAGUACCAAUGAGAGCGUGAAUAUAGUCAGUCGGCCAUAUUUCUCCACCGCUUCUGCGACGAAUCCUCCACCGCCACGGCGUUGGAACCACCACUUCUGCAAAAGCUAUGGCCAGUGUGAAUACUAAAUAAUAACCUUAUUUAAUAGUAUUAUUAUACUGACAGCAAUAGUGGGUAAUAGAUACUGCAAUUCUGUAUUGAACACUAUUUUGGAUAGUAUUUUGUAGCUUUACAGUGCAACCUGUGUAGAGCAACAUGCUUUGGGAGAUAUAAAUAUUGACUGUUAUGUAGAGGUUGUUGAUAGUAUAUUUCAGCUUGGGGAAAUUUUGACGAUGUUGUUACAGAGAGGUUUUUGCUUAAGAGAGGUCCGCUCUGGAGAGGUUGUACUGUUAUUUCUUUUUCAUGGUGUGAUAAUGGCAACCAGAUAUUAGGACUACACAAUUUUUGUUGUUGUUUACUUAUAUACUCAUGGCGGCUGCAACCAGCGGAGACCUGUCAGAUGAAGAUUGGUUGGUGUCCAGAGCUAGAGCCUGCUUUAAGGUUGAUCCCUACGCAGCCAAAUCAUGGAUGCUGACUGCCAGGACACUCUUCCCAAAUAGUUUUAAUAUACAGUUUGAAGCCUAUAAUCUGGAAAAACAAGCCAGGAAUUCCAAAGAAGCUGCAAAACUACUAGAAAGUCUUUAUAUGUUAUUUCCUGAUGAAAGAAGACUGUGGUCAGAGGUUCAUAGUAUUCUGGAAGCUCUACAGAAUGAGACAGCAGACCAGACAACAGGUUUUCUUACAGAGAUUCUGGCAGCUAUACCAACACAGGUACAAUGUCGCAUGUUACUGAGUGUCUCUGAGAAGAUCUCCGACAAACUUGAACAGUGUCGUCUGCUGCUACUAGCACUGAAGAAAUUUCCAAACUUGGUGAAAGAACAUGGAAUGAAGUUGGUGGAUACUUUAUUAGCAGCAGAAAACCAUGCACAGUUUCAGUCACCAGUCAACUGCUACAGAAAACUUCUUGUGUGUGAUGUGCUGCCACUGGUACUGAAGAAGGGAAGUCAAGUUAAAGUAAAAGCCAAUGAUCUGUAUAUAUGGCUACAGAAAUGUGUAGAGUUUUAUAUUAGUUUUGUCACACAGCCCCCUUCAUCGGCACAUGAGCCUACCACUCCUAUGUCACCAGAUUUGAUGUCUCCAACCAAAAAAUGUAGACGAGCAAACAUUCCAGGCCUCCAGGAUAAAGAAUGUUUAAUCAGUGAUCCAUGGGCUCAUCUGUACAAACUUCUUAUAUUUAUUGGACAAAAUGUUGGAUGGGAAAUAGACAAAGAUUUUUUCUCCAAAUCAAGGGAAUUUCAGUGGCAGCAUAUCUUGAGUUUGUACAACAGGACAAACCAAACAGGGUCAGAGUCAAGGAAUAAACAGAUACUUUACACUACAACAGUAUUGUUCUUGGAAUGUCUGUAUCACUAUAUCUGUAGUGUAGAUACUGAUAUCUUCCACUCAGGUGGGAGUAACAGUGUACCACUGGUGAUUAUAGAAGGCUUCAAGGCUGAACAAGCUAACAAUGGUACUCAACCAGCUGUGAAGAGAUUAAAGGCGGAGUCAUUGUUACCACAGGUACAUGCUACACAAUCAGUGCCUGCCUCCCAGACUGUCAUUCAGAAUUUCCUGACAGCUUUUAAAUGUUAUGAGUUACUUAAUUCCUCAUCAGAAUUACAAAGAGAGUUUGUAAUAUUAUGUAACAACUGGAGAAUGGAGACCUGGAGCUGGAUGGGACAUUUUCAAACUGACAUGUUUCUCUAUCAGGGAGCUUUCCAGGAUGCAGUUCGACAUCUGCAGAACUAUGCAAUAGGAUCCAAAACUAAAUUACAAAUUCGACAUUCACUACAGCUGGCCUGUUGCUUCUAUUGUCUCAAUAAUUACUCUAGAGCAUGUGAGUUGAUACUUGAUGUGGUGUCAGCUUUUCCAGUUUCCUCCCUCCAGACAGAAACUUCUGAAUCAGCCAAUGAUGAGAAUCAGUUUGUGUAUGGUUCCGGGCGUCACCUGGUACUGGUUCCCUGCACAGAAGCUGAAAUUUUACCAUACUGUAUACAAAUGCUCCUGACAUGUUUCAAGGACAGAGCUUUUGGUGGGAAAGCCUCAGAUUCACUGUUGGGUCAUACACUUGUAAUGCUGCAAUAUGAUUGGCCAAAUCAUGCCGUAUUGUUCUCACAAAUCAUGAAGAAGAUUCAGAAACAAGGAAGCUUCAAUUAUAACUUGUUUUUCAAUUACAUUAUAAAUGUUGAUAUUUUAGAAGAAUUUUCAUUCAUCAAGACACAGGAGGGUGGCAAAGUUCAUCUUGAUAUAUUACCUGUCAGCACAUCUGCUAUAGCACAACAGAGGACUGUGACUCGUGGGGUUAACAAAGGGGUUACAGAAGAUUUCAAAGUGAUGAUGGAAAAACAGAUCAAGCGGAGUGAAGAACCUCAGGAGCAGUUGAUACGACAGUUUCUUAAGGAUGAGAGAACUUUGUUACUGGCAGCUUUAGUUUGACCACAAAACAAUAUUUCCUAACUUCGAAACUUGUUUGACAAUGUUUGAUAAUGAUCAGCCGAAAUGAAUUUGUAAUAGUUAGAUAGAUCUUUUUUGGUGAAAAUAAAAUAUGGACACUUGGAAUAAAUGACAUGACCAUGAGUGAAAUAAUUUAGUAAACUGCUGAAAACAUUUUACAGGAAAAUACUGUUUUUCAGAUAAAUAUAACUGAAGUGCUUAGAGGCUGACACAAGACUAGUGGACAGGAAUGUUUUAGGGUUGAAUAUAUCUUUCUGUUGAGGAAAUAGAUUUGAUGUAAACUGCCUUGACUAGAAUUGAUGCAUCUGAUAGUGGUAUCUUGUUACAGAGCUUGAAGCUGUCAGAAGCAGUAACAAAGAGUUGUCUUUACUAGUGGUCAGUCUUAUUAGGGAAACAGUCCAAUCCAUUCCUCUAUAGUAACAUGCAAAAUACCAAACUAUACUAUAACAUAAAAAAUUGUAUCUUUCCUGCUCGUGCACAGAGCUUUUAGUUUCGGAUUUUUUGGAAGGAUGCGCUUUUUGCCUUGUGUCUAUAAGCAUCUAUGCAACUUUUUGUACUACAAUGUUUUGCACAUUGUAAAUAAAGUAAUGACUGGUUGGUUGCUUUUAUGACACGUCAGAUAGAAGGAAAUCUAGCUGUAAAUCUUAAAUUUGCAUCAGGUUCAUAGUGAACAUAAGUGGCCAGACAGUUACACUUAUUACAAAUACUGCAAUGGUUUGAAGAUGAGGAUUGAGUGACAUCUAAUCUAUGACAUUAAACCUUGCAGAAAUACUGGAAAAGAAAUAUGCAAUAACUUCUUGAUGUUACCUAAAACAGGAGUGAGUAAGAUAAUAAAAAUUUGGUGCAAUAAACAGUAUGUCAGACAGUCAGAAUCACGAGUACUUGGCGUCUUUUUUGUUUUGGAGCAAUAGUGGCAGGGCCCAUCAGGAUAGAAAAAUCAAGACUAAUAUAGGGGAAUUUUGCAUUGUAAUACAAAUAGUAUUUCAUAAAUAUGUUACACACUUUCUAGAAGGAAUUGACUUAAGAAACACAUUGUUCAUAAACAUAUUUUAGUUCAGAUGAGUUGAAAGCAGAUCAAUUGCUGAUUAAGGCCGUGCCUUAUGUCAUAUUAAGGAACAUAUGUUAGUUUUCAGUUUUCAUCUAUUCUGUUAGAGAUCUAUUUAAGGAACAGAAAGAUCCAUUACAUAGGGCAAGAUCCUUAUUAGAAAUGUAACUAUGUUUUAUCUUUUUAAUAAAAUGUUGUUUGAUGAUUUUUAGCUCGACUGUUCGAAGAAUAAGUAGAGCUAUCCUACUCACCAAGGCGUCGGCGUCGGCGUCGGCGUCACACCUUGGGUUAAGUUUUUCGUACCAGUCCACAUUUUGACAAAGUCUUUUGAGACAUAGCUUUGAAACUUCCAACACUUGUUUACCAUCAUCAUGGCCAGUUAUAGGCAAGAGCACAUAACUCAAUCAAGGAUUUUGGCUGAAUUAUGGCCCCUUUUGACUUAUAAAUCAUGGUUAAGUUUUUCGUACCAGUUCAUAUUUUGACAAAGUCUUUUGAGAUAAAGCUUUGAAACUUUCAGUAUUUGUUUACCAUCACCAUGUCCAGUUAUAGGCAAGAGCACAUAACUCCAUCAAGGAUUUUGGCUGAAUUAUGGCCCUUUUUGACUUAGAAAUCUUGGUUAAGUUUUUCGUACCAGUUCAUAUUUUGACAAAGUCUUUUGAGAUAAAGCUUUGAAACUUUCAACACCUGUUUACCAUCACCAUGUCCAGUUAUAGGCAAGAGUACAUAACUCCAUCAUGGAUUUUGGCUGAAUUAUGGCCCCUUUUGACUUAGAAAUCAUGGUUAAGUUUUUCGUAUCAGUUCAUAUUUUGACAAAGUCUUUUGAGAUAAAGCUUUGAAACUUUCAAUACUUGUUUACCAUCACCAUGUCCAGUUAUAGGCAAGAGCACAUAACUCCAUCAAGGAUUUUGGCUGAAUUAUGGCCCUUUUUGACUUAGAAAUCUGGGUUAAUAUUUUGUACCAGUUCAUAUUUUGACAAAGUCUUUUGAGAUAAAGCUUUGAAACUUUCAGCACCUGUUUACCAUCACCAUGUCCAGUUAUAGGCAAGAGUACAUAACUCCAUCAAGGAUUUUGGCUGAAUUAUGGCCCCUUUUGACUUAGAAAUCUUGGUUAAGUUUUUCGUACCAGUUCAUAUUUUUUGUAAAGUGUUUGACAUAUGGCUUUGAAACUUUUAUCACUUGUUUAGUAUAAUAGUCUCUAUCUGUAGGAAAGAGAACAUAACUCUGUCAUCUAUUUUGGCUGAAUUAUGGUCCUUUUUGGAUUUUGAAAUUGGUUCUGUUUUCAUACAAGUCCAUGUUUUGUCAAAACUAUUUGACAUAUGGCUUUUAAACUUUGAACACUUGUUUAUCAUUAUGAUUUCUAUCUAUAGGCAAGAAUACAUAACUAUUUUGACUGAAUUAUGGCCCUUUUUGGACUUUGAAAUUGGCUCAUAUAUUGCCAUUUAGUGCAAGAUUUAUCGAAAUCAAAGUAAUACAGGAACAUUGUUUGUCUAAUCAAUUUAUUUCUUUUGUCUGAAUAUCCGUGGAAAUAUUUUGACCCCAUUCUUCAAUCAAUUCUUCGAAUAGUCGAGCACGCUGUCAUCAGACAGCUCUUGUUAGCACACUUGAGCAUACAGUACUCAAGGUAAGCUUUUGUGAUGGCCUUGUGCACAUUGUCUACAGUAGUCCAUCAUCAUCCAUUUGACUGGGAACACCCUAGAGGUUACAAGUUUGGCACAGUCUUAAAGUAAGUUAGAAUGUUACCCUCAAUAAAAUCUUGAAAAAAUUAUUUACUGGGUUAUCUGGGAUAAAAAACAGUGUCACUAGGUCAGUUAGUAGGAAACAUUGUAAACAUUCUAGAGGCCUCAUUCAUUUUCAUAACUUUGUCCGAAUAUAUAAAAUUAUUUCUAAAAUAAGUGAAAUAUUCGAAAAUAAUCCAACUACCAGGAUGUCUGUGUAACACUGAAAAGCAUACAGAUUUCUACCAGUGUAAAACACUGCAACCUCCAAAGGCUCUGAAAAUGAGCAAAUAAACAUUACUGAUUGCUUGUAGAAACGUUAAUGUCAAUCUAAUAUGGAUAUUUUGUUAUGUAUAGUGAAAGCUUGCAGCUGGUGAAAGAAAUGAUAAAAAUGUUCAAAAAACUC